UGGUGGCAACAAAAUAUCGAUUUCAUUUUCAAAGAUAAAGAGCAUAUCAAUUCAUGACCAAAGAAAAACAAACCGAAUCCAAUGUCACUUCCGUAAUUUCAUCAACAACCAAGGGUACAUACAUACAAAAGCGUACAUUAAUAUUGACAUCCAGAAUAAACACACACACACUUUCUUCUUCUUCUUCUUCACAUAGCCGCUGCCCUGAAUCUGAAACCCUUACCCUCCUCUGUUUCACAAAUUCAUUCGAAAUGGGAGAGGAGAAACCGAAGCCUAUCGGCGGCGUGUGGCCCACCGUCAAGCCGUUUGUUAACGGCGGAGCUUCCGGUAUGCUUGCCACGUGUGUCAUUCAACCAAUUGAUAUGAUAAAGGUGAGAAUUCAACUGGGUCAAGGAUCUGCUGUAUCGGUGACAAAGGAGAUGCUUAAAAAUGAGGGUGUUGGUGCUUUUUACAAGGGCUUGUCUGCUGGGCUGCUAAGGCAAGCCACAUACACGACUGCCAGACUUGGUACAUUCAGGAUUCUGACAAACAAGGCACUUGAAGCGAAUGAUGGAAAGCCUCUUCCUCUAUACCAAAAAGCGUUGUGUGGGCUGACAGCUGGCGCAAUCGGAGCAUGUGUCGGGAGUCCAGCUGAUCUGGCACUGAUCCGUAUGCAGGCAGAUGCCACCCUACCUGCAGCCCAGAGGCGUAAUUACACAAAUGCAUUCCAUGCUUUGUAUAGGAUUACUGCUGAUGAAGGAGUGUUGGCUCUUUGGAAAGGUGCAGGUCCCACUGUCGUAAGAGCAAUGGCUUUGAACAUGGGAAUGCUUGCUUCUUAUGAUCAAAGCGUUGAGUUUUUUAAGGAUAAUUUGGGUGCUGGCGAAGGUGCUACAAUUCUCGGUGCCAGUACGGUAUCAGGGUUCUUUGCUGCAGCCUGCAGUUUGCCUUUUGAUUAUGUGAAAACGCAGAUUCAGAAAAUGCAGCCCGAUGCGGAGGGGAAAUACCCAUACACUGGAUCAAUGGAUUGCGCUUUGAAAACCCUCAAAUCUGGAGGACCGUUUAAGUUCUAUACUGGAUUCCCUGUUUACUGUGUUAGGAUUGCCCCUCAUGUCAUGAUGACAUGGAUCUUCCUGAAUCAAAUUCAAAAACUAGAAAAGAAGGCUGGAUUAUAAUAAUAUUUUCGGGCUGGAAGCAGAGAAGCCAGAUGAACUCUAUCAGAAAUAACACUGUUGUACUUGUUGCAAGUUUUGCUCACUUAGCAUCUCCAAGUAUACUUAUUAAUUCUGAAAAUUCUAUUUUCAUAUGACUAUACUAUUUUAUUGUUCAGACCUUUUAGGCUAGGAUUAAUUUCACUGAUAUUGCUGUUUUUUCUUCCAUACAUCCAGAGUCUAGCUCUCGGAGCCUAGGUUCAGACUGUUAUAUUAGCAAAUAAAUUAUAAAUCUAUGCUCUUUAGAUCGCUCAUAA